CUAAGAAACGGAGGGACGGACGCGCGCCGAGCGAGCGCUCACAGCUCUUCCUUUCGCGGCUGAGGAAAGUAACUCCGAUGGAGUAAGAGUGCAGCCGCGAUCUCAGAAGCCAGAGCGCCGGGCUUGAGCGUGUGGGCGGGGAGGGAGGGGGGGCGAAAGAAGAGCAUCGCCGCACCGCCAGCAAAGAAGAGAAGGAAGGGGGAAAAACAAAACACUGUUGCCUUUCCCUUCUUCCUUCCUUCCUUCCCCGACCAGGCAACUGGCAACUCCGGGAAGGCGAGAGGUUUCCUCCUCGCGGCUCUGGGCAGACACCGCCUGAGCAAGAGACUCCUGGUAUAAAGUUAUCCAAAGUCGCUAUGGCCCCGGAGGCUGGAGCCCUCGGCUUACUGGCGGCGAUUGUCUCCUUCGUCGCGCCCUCCGCUGCCUUCCUGGGAGCAGCUCGUGGCCAGUUCUCGGCAGGAGGCUGCACCUUUGAAGAUGGCCCGGGACCCUGUGAUUAUCAUCAGGAUCCCUAUGAUGAUUUUGACUGGGUACAUGUUAGUGCUCAAGAGCCUCAUUACCUCCCCCCUGAGAUGCCUCUUGGUUCCUACAUGAUAGUGGAUUCUUCACACCACAGCCAUGGAGAAAAGGCUCGGCUUCAGCUUCCUACCAUGAAAGAGAACGAUACCCACUGCAUCGAUUUCAGCUACCUUUUGUACAGUAAGAAAGGGACAAGCCCUGGGACUCUGAACAUCUUGGUUAGGGUGAACAAAGGCCCUCUGGCAAACCCCAUUUGGAACGUGACUGGCUCCACUGGCAAAGACUGGCUACGGGCAGAGCUGGCUGUCAGCACCUUCUGGCCAAAUGAAUAUCAGGUAAUAUUUGAGGCUGAAGUCUCAGAUGGAAGAAAUGGCUACAUUGCCAUUGAUGACAUCCAGGUUCUGAGCUACCCUUGUGAUAAAUCUCCUCAUUUCUUGAGGCUGGGGGAUGUAGAGGUCAAUGCAGGUCAGAAUGCAACAUUUCAGUGCAUUGCUACAGGAAGGGAUGCAGUGAAGAACAAGUUAUGGCUGCAGAGACGCAAUGGAGAAGAUAUUCCAGUGGCCCAAACAAAAAAUAUAAAUCACAGACGUUUUGCUGCCACCUUUAAACUUCAGGAAGUAACAAAAACAGAUCAGGAUUUAUAUCGUUGUGUUACUCAGUCUGAGAGAGGAUCUGGAGUUUCCAACUUUGCUCAACUUAUUGUUCGAGAACCUCCUAGACCAAUAGCUCCCCCACAGUUGCUUGGAGUUGGACCGACUUACCUGCUCAUUCAGCUGAAUGCAAAUUCCAUUAUUGGGGAUGGACCUAUCAUCCUAAAAGAGGUGGAAUACCAUAUGACAACAGGGACCUGGACAGAAACGCAUGCGGUCAAUGCACCGACAUAUAAGCUAUGGCAUUUGGACCCAGACACAGAAUAUGAGAUUCGUGUUCUUCUAACCAGACCUGGAGAAGGCGGCACAGGUCAGCCAGGCCCUCCGCUGAUUACCCGAACCAAAUGUGCAGAGCCUAUGAGAACACCCAAGACUUUGAAAAUUGCUGAAAUCCAGGCACGUCGUAUUGCUGUGGAUUGGGAAUCCCUAGGUUACAACAUCACUCGCUGCCAUACGUUCAAUGUUACCAUCUGCUACCAUUACUUCCGUGGCCAUAAUGAAAGCAAGGCUGACUGCUUGGACAUGGAUCCCAAAGCACCGCAGCAUGUUGUGAAUCACCUGCCUCCUUACACAAAUGUGAGCCUCAAAAUGAUUUUGACAAACCCCGAAGGACGGAAAGAGAGCGAGGAGACCAUUAUUCAGACAGAUGAAGAUGUGCCUGGUCCCGUACCUACAAAAUCAUUAAAAGGAACUCCCUUUGAAGAUAAGAUCUUCUUAAAUUGGAAAGAACCAAUGGACCCAAAUGGUAUCAUCACCCAAUAUGAGGUCAGUUACACUAGCAUACGAUCCUUUGAUCCUGCAGUUCCAGUGGCCGGGCCACCUCAAACUGUGUCAAAAUUAUGGAACAGUACACACCAUGUUUUUCCCUAUCUACAUCCUGGGACUACAUAUCAGUUUUAUAUAAGGGCCAGCACUGUCAAAGGUUUUGGACCAGCUAUAGCCAUCAAUGUAACUACCAAUAUUUCAGCUCCCACAUUACCAGAUUACGAAGGUAUUGAUGCUUUUCUCAAUGAAACAGCCACAACCAUAACUGUACUUCUGAGACCAGCACAAGCAAAAGGAGCGCCUAUCAGCGCCUAUCAGAUUGUGGUUGAAGAGCUGCAUCCUCAUCGGACCAAACGAGAAACUGGUGCAAUGGAUUGCUACCAGAUUCCUGUCACCUAUCAAAAUGCCCUGAGCAAUGGCUCGCCCUAUUAUUUUGCUGCAGAAUUGCCUCCUGGCAAUCUUCCAGAAGCAGCGGCUUUCACAGUUGGUGACAAUAGAACUUAUCAAGGCUUCUGGAACCCACCUUUGGUGCCUCGGAAAGGGUAUAAUAUCUACUUUCAAGCUAUGAGCAGUGUUGAAAAGGAGACCAAAACUCAGUGUGUUCGAAUUGCUACUAAAGCAGCUGCAACAGAAGAACCAGAGGUUAUUCCUGACCCAGCCAAGCAGACUGACCGUGUAGUGAAAAUAGCAGGAAUAAGUGCUGGAAUCCUUGUCUUUAUUCUCAUCCUCCUCCUUGUCAUAUUAAUUGUCAAAAAAAGUAAACUGGCGAAGAAACGCAAGGAUGCCAUGGGAAACACUAGACAAGAAAUGACCCACAUGGUGAACGCCAUGGAUCGGAGUUAUGCUGAUCAAAGCACACUCCAUGCAGAAGAUCCUCUUUCAGUCACCUUUAUGGAUUCUCAUAACUUCAACCCCAGAUUGCCCAAUGAUCCACUUGUGCCGACUGCUGUGUUAGAUGAAAACCACAGUGCAACAGCAGAGUCAAGUCGUCUAUUAGAUGUGCCUCGUUAUCUCUGCGAAGGAACAGAAUCUCCCUACCAAACUGGCCAACUGCAUCCUGCUAUCAGAGUAGCGGAUUUGCUGCAGCACAUUAAUCUCAUGAAAACAUCUGACAGCUAUGGUUUCAAAGAAGAGUACGAGAGUUUCUUUGAAGGACAAUCAGCUUCUUGGGAUGUGGCCAAAAAGGACCAAAACAGAACGAAGAAUAGAUAUGGGAACAUUAUAGCAUAUGAUCACUCCAGGGUGAUAUUACAACCUGUGGAAGAUGAUCCUUCUUCAGACUACAUUAAUGCUAAUUAUAUUGAUGGAUACCAGAGACCAAGUCACUACAUUGCAACCCAAGGUCCAGUGCACGAGACAGUCUAUGAUUUCUGGAGAAUGAUAUGGCAAGAACAAUCAGCCUGCAUUGUUAUGGUUACAAAUUUAGUUGAAGUGGGUCGGGUUAAGUGCUAUAAGUAUUGGCCUGAUGACACAGAAGUUUAUGGGGACUUCAAAGUUGCUUGUGUGGAAGUGGAACCACUUGCAGAAUACGUUGUCAGGACAUUCACCCUUGAAAGGAGAGGUUACAAUGAAAUCCGUGAAGUUAAACAGUUCCAUUUUACCGGCUGGCCUGAUCAUGGAGUACCUUACAAUGCAACAGGCCUUCUUUCAUUUAUACGCCGUGUAAAACAAUCUAACCCACCAAGUGCCGGGCCUAUUGUUGUGCAUUGCAGGUGUGUAGAAAAGAGCGCUGGAGCUGGCCGAACUGGAUGCUAUAUUGUAAUUGACAUCAUGUUAGACAUGGCAGAAAGAGAAGGUGUUGUAGACAUCUACAACUGUGUCAAAGCCUUACGUUCACGCCGCAUCAACAUGGUACAGACAGAGGAACAGUAUAUCUUUAUUCAUGAUGCCAUCCUGGAAGCCUGCUUAUGUGGAGAAACUGCCAUCCCAGUCUGUGAAUUUAAAGCUGCAUAUUUUGACAUGAUUCGAAUAGACUCUCAGACAAACUCUUCACAUCUUAAAGAUGAAUUCCAGACCCUGAAUUCUGUGACUCCUCGGCUGCAAGCCGAAGACUGCAGCAUAGCAUGCUUGCCAAGAAAUCAUGACAAAAACCGCUUUAUGGAUAUGCUGCCACCUGACAGAUGUCUGCCUUUCUUAAUUACUAUUGAUGGCGAAAGCAGCAAUUACAUCAAUGCUGCCCUUAUGGAUAGCUACAGACAACCUGCUGCUUUCAUUGUCACUCAGCAUCCUCUGCCGAACACUGUGAAAGAUUUCUGGAGACUAGUCUAUGAUUAUGGCUGUACCUCUCUCGUGAUGUUAAAUGAAGUUGAUUUAGCUCAAGGAUGCCCACAAUAUUGGCCAGAGGAAGGAAUGCUGAGAUAUGGUCCUAUUCAGGUUGAGUGCAUGUCCUGUUCAAUGGAGUGUGAUGUAAUCAACAGAAUUUUCAGGAUAUGCAAUUUAACAAGGCCUCAGGAAGGUUACCUGAUGGUUCAGCAAUUCCAGUAUCUGAGUUGGGCACCUCAUAGAGAUGUCCCAGGCUCCAAGAGGUCAUUCUUAAACUUAAUUCUUCAAGUGGAAAAGUGGCAAGAAGAAUGCGAAGAAGGGGAAGGGAGAACCAUAAUUCAUUGUCUGAACGGUGGUGGACGAAGCGGGAUGUUUUGUGCCAUAGGCAUUGUAGUGGAAAUGGUUAAAAGGCAAAACGUCAUUGAUGUUUUCCACGCAGUAAAAACUUUACGGAACAGUAAGCCUAACAUGGUAGAAACGCCGGAACAAUAUCGUUUCUGCUAUGAUGUCGCACUGGAAUACCUUGAAUCAUCUUAAUAUGAAAGGAUAAAUACAAUCAAGUGAACCAAAUAAUAUGAAAUUUAAGAAACUGUGUUUUGACAUCUGCUGUUGAACCUAUGAAGAAACGUUUUAGUGAAGGGGAGACUUAAUUUUUAAAUGCAAAAGUAUUUUUCUUAAUAAAUGGUGUAAAGGAGAGAGGAGAGAGAGAGAGAGAGAGAGAAAGAGAGAGAGAGAGAGAGAGAGAGAGAGAGAGAGACUGUUGUUCUGUCCCUAUACACAAUCUGAAUAUAGUGCCACAAAAAAAAAAAUUAAGAGUCAAGGCAGAGAACAUCUGCUAAUCAAAGUAAAACUUUCCAGUGUUUGCAUAUUCCACUGACUCUCGGCUACAUUAGUCCUGUCAUCUGUUGCAUGUAUCUAUUCUAGUGAAUGUUUUAUUUUACACUUGUUCUUAAUUUCAUACUGUUAAAAGUUUUUAAAAACACUGUGUACAGACUGAUAAUCUGUAGGUUUUAUGUGUUGCAAGAAUCUAUAUAGAGAUACAGCCACACAUACUGCAAACAUUUUUAAAAAUGGCAUAUUUUAUUUUACUGUGCAAUGACAGCCUGAUCAAAGUUCUUUAUAAAGAAAUUCAAACAUAAGCCAAAGACUCAAGUGUAAAUAUGUUUAUAUAGGAAAGAAAGCACAUUGUAUUUAUUGUUUACUGACAUUCCUUUUAUGAUGGUUGGACAGAACCAUUUUUUUUCUUAGAAACAUUGUUGCUGAAAUCAAGUGUAAAUGAUUUUUGUAGAUUAUUUUUUGUAUGUAUUGUGUAAGUAGAAGGAGAGAAAAUGAAAAGAUCUUUUAUGGAUAAGCCAGAAAACAUUGAUAUACUUUUUUGGUUGGGGUGUGUACACGCUUAUGAAUGAAAUUCAUGUAAACAAGAAAAAGAAACCGAACAUAAAACUUCUUUCUCAGACUAUAUAGAGGUUUUCUUUCAGUUUAUAGUGAUAAGAAAUCAAAUAGAAACUGCACAUAUAUAUAACUUUGGGAAUUUCAUUAAUUUUUUAAGGAGUAAAUGGGUUAAUAAUGAAUGCUUGACACACAGAGCAAGUACAAAAAUAAAUAAAAAUGCAAGUUAAUAACAUUUAUUUUAAUGUUUACAGUUGAGGCACAAGUUCUAGGCCACCGCACCAGUGCAUUGUUCCCUUCUGCAAUGCUGGAGGAAUCUUCUGGUUCUCAUUCGUGAUUUCCCAGCUGAGCCAAGAAAUCAGCUUUGGUUCAAGGCUUCAAAGAAGCUCCAGCUUUUCUCCCAGUGGUAGUCUAGAUUUGUGGAAAUGGUAGCUUUGUGUUCUGACAAAGCCAAAA